AUGCCCAUGAUCAUUUCCCUGGUUAAUCAGCUUGCCGCGCGACACAACAGCGGCGGUGACACCAGCCACACCGAGGACGCCGCGGAGCGCGUCUCACGCCUGUUCCUCGUUGCCUGCGACUUGAUGGGCGCUUUCUGUCCCGCGGACCUGCACCAGCACCUAGAGGACAUGAUGACGCGCCAGUGGGCGGCGCUGCUUCACGGCGAGAGCUUUCAGGCCUCGCCUCCAGCGUCAUCAAAUACCCCCGAGCCAGCAACGUCGUCACACUUGUCUCCUUCAUCCGACUAUGUGCCAACGCUCAUCGCCGCCUCCGGUGCGCUCUUGGGCUACGCACGCACCCAUAUCGAGGAGUUCAGAGCUUGCGGUGUAGGUCGGGAGUGGAUCGAUGGUGUGUGCGAUCGUUGGCAGUCGAACGUGCUUCAGCUGCUGAGCGCGCAUCCGCCAUUUUCUACGGAGGCGCGCACGGCUGUCUGCUACACUGUGGCGCAGCUGUCCUUGCUACCGAGCCACUGUUGCGAGCAGGUACUGCAAGCUGCGUUUGAAGCAUUAGAGGCGGGGCGCGAAGAUGGUCUGAACGCAAACAUUGCCGUGGAACUACUCGGCCAGAUCGCAUCACUCAUGGUGGUGUGUAAGCCGUUCCAGCUGCACGGCCUCGCCCUCGAGGACCCUACUACUACUGCUGCUGCCGCAACUACUGCCAAAGGCGGUGCAACAGGCAAGAAGGGCGCAGGGUCGACGGUGGAGGCUCAGACAGAGAAGCCGUCGAGGUUGUCGACGCAGCGGCCAGCAGUGGACGGCGCUGGCGCUGGUGCCAGUGCAUUCAGUCGAGCUACCAUUGUUUCGGAGCCGCCGACUGCGAACUGCAGCACCAUUCCCUCCUGCUACCCCUUUCCGUCUAUCGAGCGAGUCGAGGAACUGAAGGUGUCCCUCAUCCAAUGCUGCCUCGUCUCUCUCGGGGCCACGGUGACUGAGGCAGGUACUGUGACCAGUACCGCCGUGCCAGCAACGCGUACGUAUCAGGGACGGCAGCGGCAUCGUACCGUACCCAUGGCGCUGGUUUGCCAGCGUGUGCUCAUUCCACUGCUGCUACUCGACGGGAGUCAAGGGCUGGAGCAGUACGAGCAUAUUGUGCACGAUCUCCUGCGCACGCUCGCAAGCUGCUCUGGUACUUCGCCGACGACGGCGUCCGUCUCACCGGCCUCCCCAGGACACACACGAGGUGCUGCUGCUGAGGACGCCGCGCUGCUGUCCCAUGAGGAUCACUGUGACGAGGUUGUGCUGCUGAUUGCCGCGUUGUUUGAUUUCCUCUUCCGACAGCCUUCCCUCAACCCCUGCACGGACUUCCGUUUCUCUGAGUUUCUCUGGACGUUGCUGAGUAGCGCGCUGCAUCAAAGUCUAACAGUCACCAAAACAGACGCCGGCCACCGCGCGAACAUGCAGCUGCGCGUCGAGUACCUUUUGAAGCGCAUUGUCCACAUGACGAAGCAGCAGCAGCAGGAGCUGAGCACCGGUGCGGCGUGUGCAGCCUUGCCGCCCAUCAUUGAGUUUCACCCUCUCUUCCACUGGUACACCGCCACUAGCAGCAGUGGCGACUGCGCAGCCGGCGAGAAACGAAGCAGCGCAGCCGCCGCAAGUGGCGACUCGCUCAGUGCCACCACAUGGGAGAACUUCUUCUUGGUUCUGGAGUCACUCAACGAGUACGGCUGGCACAUUAUCGAGCCUGUGAUGGCCCGCCUGGACGCCCUCGUCGCGCAGCUAGAUAAUCGGCUGAAGAGUGCCGAGGCGCCACACGACACGGCAGCGGCAUCGACGGUAGGCGUGAACAGUGCGGCGCUGCACCCGCGGUGGGUUGAAAUGCUGCUGCUGAAGUUCAUCCUGCACCCAAACCUCGGGGUGCGCAAGGUGGGCCUGCGGCGUAUAUGGGCGCUGCCGUCGCGUGUGCUGCGAUCGCUCUCCUCGAGCUUUCUUUUCCAGUACGCUUUCCAGAGCGCGUCGGAUCCGCGGCUGUGCUGCGGCAUCGACCGCGUUCCCAUCACAGCGUCGUUUCUGGACACCAAGUCGUUCGAGGGGACGGAGGUGAAGGCUGUGCCGGAUGUGGAGCCGCUUGCACAGGAGGUGGAGCGCUUCUACGCGUCACUCUUUUCCCACCGCUGGUCUUCCAGCGACGACGGCCCCGCUAUGGAGGGCCGCAUCGAUGCUCUGCGUCGCAUGCUGGACACGGCGAUCAAAAAACCGCCCCGCUUCACUGUGUGCGUGCUGGCGCGUGCGCUGCUUGCCAUCGCGAAUGCUUUUCUGGACAACGGCAUCAAUGCGGAGGCUGUCCUACUCGAUGAAGGGGUAUUGGAACGUCUGCACCACUUCCUGCGUGACUCCGUGCAGGAGAACAUUCCGUUCUGGCUGGAUGUGCGUGUGACAGUCAUUCUUUUCGCGGCCCUCACGACGUUUGCGGCUGCGACGGCGUCGCCGCGUCGCUGUCGGCUGCACCCGUCCUUUUGGCGUCUCUACUGCAUGUGUGGCCCCCUCGGGGAGUCGGGAGGCCACAGCAUCGCGAGCAUGGACGCGUGUGGGCAGUACGGCCUCGUCGGCGCGUCUGUUGAGGAGCGCUUUCUUCAGCACUGGCUUGUGCAGCUCAGCGUGCAACAACAGCAGGAACCGAUGCGGCGAGUCAAGUUCGGCGGGGCGGCGCCUUCACUCGUGGAGGCGCUACUGGACGUAGAGGGACUGCUCUGCCGCGUUGAGGCACUACUACAGACGCCACCAGAACUUGAUUCACAUGAGGCAGUGAACGUUGUGCCAGCCAAGGAAACGUUCUUCCUAGUUGGCACUCUCACUCGCACCGGUUCCGCCCGUCAUGCUGAGCUCGUGCGAGCCAUUGGUGAUCGCAUUGCAACCACAAUAGCGUCGCUGCAGACGCGCGCCUACUGCACUGCUGCACAAGUGCUGACAAGCGUGGCGUGCCUGGUAGAGUUUCAGCACAGUGUUGGCGCUGCCGUGUGCGCGCAGCUAUGGCCAGUGAGCACGACACUGCAGUCCAUGUCUUCUGCUUUGCACGGGCACAUUAUGGCAGCUCUGCAGGCGAGCUUACGCAGCAUCCGCGAGGCUGCAGAGGCGCCGCGACAGGAGGGCCCACGCUACUCGCUGUUCGAAGAUGAAAUGUGCGACGAAGUGGACAUAUCUUGGUCGCUCAUGAACACCGCAAACUUGGACGUGGUGGCUGCUGGCGUAACCGCUCUCAAUGCAAUUGCAUGCGCUUCAGCGACACGCGUAUCGGCCACCGCUGCGGCUGCCGCUGCUGAGGUGCUGCAUGUCCCGCAGCACGUGCAACAGCUGAUGUGUCUCCUCCGAGAGUGCACCACGGCUUACGAGGCCACGUAUGCGCCAGGUGCCAGCACCGCUGUCGACGAGAAGGCGAGGCAGAAGCGACUUGCGGUGCUGCUGAUUGUUGGCCGCAACGUAACUCGCUUACUGCAGAGUGAGUUGUGCGGGUGUCUUUCUGUGAAGCACGAGGAGAGUACCACGCGGCAGGCGCCGCUCGAUGGAGACCUCGACCUGGUGGCACAGCGGUGCCUUCUAUUCCCGAGUGCUCUGCCGACGUGCCGAGAGGCGCCACCAUUCUCUGCCGCCGCCAGUUCCCGCUGCCCCAUCGCCAUGCUGUUGCCGCAGGACGUGCUAGAGGUGUACGUCGACCAGCUCAUGGCGCUUCCAUCGCAGCGCGUCCCAUCGGGUGCCGUCCCCAGUGCGUUGUCGAACCUGCCGUGGCCUACGCUGCUCAGUCAGCAGGGUCGUUACGUGUGCAACGCGCUGUAUGUCCUUCUUCUGUGCCUGACUGCUGCUGAACAGGAGCACACUAGUGCUGAAGCCUCGAAUCCGACGAGGACGUUUCCUGGCCUUGUGGGGCGCGUGCAGAACUAUGCCCUGGGCCAGCUCGGUGAGUGCUGGACCAUGAACCUUGCCAGCGUGUACGAUUUGCUGUUCUGGGUGGCGUCCUCGAAUAUGCCAGAGGUAGUGGAUUACGUCGCCAUCGCGAACGGCAUGUGGGAGCAUAUGCGAGAGGUUGGGGCGCGCCAGUACACGCGACUCGCUGCCCUUGCCUUCACGGUGCUGCACUACGUCAUGCCGCACCACCCUGGCUACGUGAAGGAGGUUCUUUUGCGAGUCCUCGAGGUCGAGGGCAAGGAUGCGCAGACGGCGGAUCGCGACGUCUACUUUGCCUCGAUGACGGCCUCGCUUCAGGUCCUGCACGACCCCGACAACAACUGGUCCGUGCUGCGCGAGGUGUUACUCUAUACUGCUGUGCUCUUCAAUACAAAUCGCGACGAGGAGGAGAACGAGUCAACGGUGGCCGUCACGGAGCCUCUUCUGUGGACGUGGCCGGAGGCGUUGCGCCUGUGCUACCCACCCACCACUUGCAUGUCUGCCGUAGGCCGCGCCAUGGCAGUGGCCACGCUGCUGUGGUGCUGCCAUCAGAACGUGUCGGGUCGUGCGGUGCCGCUCACGAUGGAGCUGCUGCGUAUGAACACGUGCCACCCGGUGGUGACACACGAGCCGUGCAUGCCGAACUCACGAACCCACCGCACCCGCAUGCGUCUGUGGCAGCUCCUCUGCGCGCUACUGCCUUGCUUGGCUGACGAGCAGUCCGUACCACCUACUCAGGUGGUGGAGGUGUUUCGCGUGCUUGUGCGGCACUGCUUGACGGUGAACAACAUGGGGAGCAUCCGGCGGCUGAUGGAGCUGUACGGGAUUCGGCUUAUGGAGCAGCGACCCUCUCUCUACACCGUCUUGAGUGAGGCCCUUGGCAGCUACAGCCUUCGUCCUCAGGUGUGCGGGAGCUACCUUCUCAUUGCUUGUCACUCGCUGCUGCGGCAAGAAGGGGCCGGUUGCAUCAAGGAGUCUGCGUCCGCGACAGCAGGUGACGAGGCGCUCGCCUCUGACAUCUUUACCUCCCUCUUUCCACACAUUCUGCAGCAGAGCACGUCGAACCAGCACCUCCUGCGCAUAAUUAGUCACAUCGGGCUUUUCAACAUCUGCCAGCGCCGCCUCGCGCGCGGGCGCCCCAUCUCGCCUGCCGUGGCGGCUAUCUACGACUACGUACGCCAUGCCCCAGAGCACGCGAAGUUUCGUGAGAAACACGAGCACAUGCUCUUCUUCGACACGGAGGAGGCGAGCAGCCCUCGCAGCCUCUUCUGCGUCCAGCGCAAGGAGGCGAACACAGUACUGACGGAGGUUCUGCCAGCUGCUGCUUUCGAGCGGCUGCGUUUUGUGGAGACAGAGAUGUGCUGCAUGAUUGGUGCCCUCUACCCCAUGGAGCUGCUGCGCGUGCACGACUGGUGUGCAAGUUUGAGGGUGCAGGAGCUGGUGUCCGUCUUGAAGGGUUUUAGAGGCAUACCUCACACAAGCACGCCGUCAGAGUACUAUGUGGACUACACACGAGAGGCGACGAAGCUGCUGACGCGCGAUCCGAUGCCCGAGGUGACUGCCGCUGCCGCUACUGCGAGGUCCACCGGGAUCGGUGCUAGCGAUGAGGCAGGCGGUGUGGACGCAGCCACGGCGAACGUGCAGAAAAAGGUGUCAUCGUGGUGGACAAGCGAGGUGUACAACGAGCUGCACCCACGUGCGCUGCGCACCCAGAAGCAGUCCAUUAUUGUUGUCGGUUCGCUGCUGGAGAAUCCGGUGAACAUUGCCGGCUUGUGCCGCUGCGGCGAAAUCUUCGCUGUCCAGUCGAUUGUCGUGCCGGAUAAGAGGGUUUUUGAGCAUCCGCACUUUGUGGCAGCAGCGCGCAGCGCAGAGCUUUGGAUACCGUGGGAGGAGGUCAUGCCAAAGGACCUGCCUUGCUACCUCGAGGGUCUGCGGCGUCGUGGCUACAUGGUUGUCGGCAUCGAGCAGACGGCGGCGAGCGUGUCGAUGGAGCACUUUUCCUUUCCGAAGCGGUGUGCGGUGGUGCUUGGCGCGGAGGGCCAGGGUGUGCCAGCCCCGCUUAUUCCCUUGCUCGACGUCUGCGUUGAGAUUCCGCAGUACGGGCUCAUCCGCUCGCUGAACGUGCACGUAGCAGGUGCUGUUAUCAUGUACGAGUACACUCGGCAGCACCUGAUGGCCAAGCCGCAUCUCUCCGCGUGA